ACAACCAGGAAACACCUAACUGUCUCUGCUUUGCAAGUAUGGGGAAACUACUGAAAAUAACGCUGGUUGGCAUUGUGAUUGCAUUUAUAACUGAAAGGAUAGUGAGAUUAAGUGGUCGGCUUCAUUUUUAUCUGGAGGUUCAGCAAAUACAUCUUCCUCAUUGCCAGCUCUUAAAAGGAAUUGAAUUUGGAUCUGAAGAUAUUGAUAUACUUCCAAAUGGUCUAGCUUUCAUAAGUUCUGGUCUGAAAUAUCCAGGUCUAAUUUCCUUUGCACCUGAAAAACCAGGAGAAAUAUUUCUAUUGGACCUUAAUGAUGAAGAACUACGUCCAAUUUCAUUACGUUUCAGCAGGGAUUUUGAGUUGGCUUCAUUUAAUCCCCAUGGAAUCAGCACAUACAUUGAGGAGAAAGAUGAUACAGUAUAUCUGUUUGUUGUAAAUCACCCUCAUUAUAAGAGCACUGUUGAGAUAUUUAAGUUCCUGGAAGAAGAUAAUGUUCUUAUGCACCUGAAGACAAUUAAGCAUGCACUUCUACAAAGCAUGAAUGAUAUAAUAGCUGUUGGACCUGAAAGCUUUUACACCACCAAUGAUUAUUACUUUACUGAUUAUACCAUGAGACUUGUGGAGAUGGUCCUGGGAUUAGCGUGGUCAAAUGUGGUAUAUUAUAGUCCUGGUGAAGUUAAACAAGUGGCAUCUGGAUUUUAUUAUGCUAACGGGCUCAAUUGGUCACCUGAAGAGAAGUAUGUCUAUGUUGCUGAUUCUAUGGAUCAUAAAAUUCAUGUCCUGGAAAAACAUGCAAACUGGUCCCUAACACCAGUAAAGGAGCUGGAGGUAGAAGCAGGUUUAGACAACCUAUCGGUUGACCCACAUACCGGGGAUAUUUGGACAGGAGCACACCCUUAUUUAUGGAAGUUGUUUCAUUACAAUAAAGAAAAUCUUCCUUGGUCAGAGGUUAUUCGUAUUCAGAACAUACUUUCAGAUGACCCUAUAGUGACUCAAGUGUAUGUGAACAAUGGUUCUGUCAUCCAAGGAUCUUCAUCAGCAUCAGUCUUUGAGGGGAAGCUUCUUGUGGGCACUGUGUUCCACAAAGCUUUAUACUGUGAACUAGACUAGCUGUGAGCACUAUACAUACUAGAGCACUGUACAUACUAGAGCACUAUACAUACUAGAGCACUAUACAUACUAGAGCACUAUACAUACUAGAGCACUAUACAUACUAGAGCACUAUACAUACUAGAGCACUGUACAUACUAGAGCAUUAUACAUGACUGCUUGACAGAUGUGCACUAUGCAGUAAACUGAACUCACUAACCAAUGCCAACAUUUUCUUGUACAUUUGACCCAAUGGAAUUAGGUUUUGCUGUCAGACAAACAAAUGUAACUAAAAUGCAUUUGACAUUUUAACUUGGUUUCUAUCAUUUUUCCAUUAUUUGGUUAAUGCAAGAGGGUGAUUGCAUAAACUGGUUUAUGUUUUCUUGACUAAUAACAGAUACAUCUGCAUAUGGUGUUAUCACCAAAUUUGAACCCAAGUAAGAAAAUGCUGUAACUGUAAGUGAAAAAACCCUUAGACAUUUUGUGUGUCUACUUAAAGGGACAUGGCACCCACAUUUUUACUUUCAUGAUUCAGAUAGAUCAUACCAUUUUAAACAACUUUCCAAUUUACUUCUAUUAUCUACUUUGUUUCAUUCUCUUGGUAUCCUUUGUUGAAGAAGCAGUAACUACUGGGAACUAACUGAAAGCCAGCAACAAGAGGCAUAUAUGCGCAGCAACCAAUCAACAGCUUCUGAGCCUACCUAGGUAUACUUUUCAACAUAGGAUACAAAGAGAAUGAAACAAAUUAGAUUAGAAAUACAUUGGAAAAUUCUUUAAAAUAGCAUGCUGUAUCUGAAUCAUAUAAGAAAAAAAAUGGGUUACAUGUCCCUUUAAGGAAGUGAUUCAUUGAUAGACACACACUCUCUUGAUGUUUAUUAGAUUCCUCUCAUGUAGCUUAGUCUCUCUUCCAGGGAUAUAACUACUCCAGGCUCAUCCUGCCCCCUCCUGGUCAGCUUUGGAAGCUCCCACAGUGAAAGUAACACCAGUCACAUGACAGAUCUCUAGGCUGUGCCCACCCUCUGUUUACCUAACCCAAGGCCUUCUCCGGUUCAGCACUGUUACAAGAGAGUGGGUGCUGUAAAUGGGUUUAUGAUUGAGAUGGAACUAGGCUGUUCCAUACUCAGGGCUUUAAUACCACCAGCAAUACCACUUCACUAAACCUUAUUUAGCACUAAUGUUAAGGUUAAUGUCAUCUGUACAUUAUCCGUUACCAUUUUUAUCCUUAGCCUAUAAUAUUUGAAAGAGAUUGUAUAUGUUAACAAAUGAAAAUUCUAGAUUAUCAAACAUAAUCAUUUCUUUUUUUUAAGGUAAAUUAGCAACAUGUGAAAUUAUUAAAUGGUUGUCACACUGAAAUUUCGAAUCUGUGUUUUGUUGAGUUAUGGAUAUCUGAAAUAGAAAUAAAAAACUUUUUAAAGAA